AUGCAGCCAAUGUGGGUGCUGCUGCUACUGGUCCUGAGGCUCCAUUUGUCCCUCAGUGUCAUCCCAGUGGCAGAGGAGAACCCAGCUUUCUGGAACCGAAAGGCGGCCGAGGCCCUGAACGCCGCCAAGAAGAUGCAGCCCAUUCAGACCUCGGCCAAGAACCUCAUCAUCUUCCUGGGGGACGGCAUGGGGGUGCCCACGGUGACGGCCACCCGCAUCCUCAAGGGGCAGAUGGGGGGCCAUCUGGGACCUGAGACGCCCCUGGCCAUGGACCGCUUCCCUUACAUGGCUCUGUCCAAGACAUACAGUGUGGACAGACAGGUCCCAGACAGCGCAAGCACAGCCACGGCCUACCUGUGCGGGGUCAAGGCCAACUACAAGACCAUCGGGCUGAGCGCGGCCGCGCGCUUCGACCAGUGCAACACCACCUUUGGCAACGAGGUCAUCUCAGUGAUGUACCGAGCCAAGAAAGCAGGGAAGUCGGUGGGCGUGGUGACCACCACCCGCGUGCAGCACGCAUCCCCGGCGGGCACGUAUGUUCACACGGUGAACCGCAACUGGUACUCAGACGCCGACAUGCCGGCCUCAGCGCUGCAGGAGGGCUGCCGGGACAUCGCCACACAGCUCGUCUCCAACAUGGACAUUAAUGUGAUCCUCGGCGGGGGGCGAAAAUACAUGUUUCCUCAGGGGACGAAAGACCCUGAGUAUCCGAAUAAUGCUAACGACUCUGGAAUCCGGCUGGACAACCGGGACUUGGUGGCGGAGUGGAUGACAAAGAACCAGGGGGCCCGGUAUGUGUGGAACCGUGAGGAGCUCAUCCAGGCAUCCCAGAACCCAUCGGUGACAUACCUCAUGGGCCUCUUCGAGCCAAUGGACACAAAAUUUGAGGUCGACCGAAACAAAGAGCUGGACCCGUCCCUGGAGGAGAUGACGGAGGCGGCGUUGCGGGUGCUGAGCAGGAACCCCCGGGGCUUCUACCUCUUCGUGGAGGGGGGCCGCAUAGACCGUGGCCAUCACCUGGGCACAGCUUACCUGGCGCUGACGGAGGCCGUCAUGUUUGACUCCGCCAUCGAGAAGGCGGCGCUGCUCACCGACGAGCGGGACACGCUGACCCUCGUCACCGCCGACCACUCCCACGUCUUCUCCUUCGGGGGCUACACACUGCGGGGCACCUCCAUCUUUGGCCUGGCCCCGCUCAAGGCCUUGGAUGGCAAGUCCUACACGUCCAUCCUCUAUGGCAAUGGCCCCGGCUAUGUGCUGGGUGACCGGCCCAAUGUCACAGAAAGCGAGAGCGGCGCGCCCACCUACCGGCAGCAGGCGGCUGUGCCCGUGGGGUCUGAGACGCACGGCGGGGAGGACGUGGCGGUGUUUGCGCGCGGCCCGCAGGCGCACCUGAUGCAUGGCGUCCAAGAGCAGAACUACAUCGCGCACGUCAUGGCCUUCGCCGCCUGCCUGGAGCCCUACACCGACUGCGGCCUGCCGCCCCCCGUCGGGCAGACCGACACUUCCAACCCUGGCCUCAGCCUGGUCACCUCACCGCCCUUGCUGCCUGUGCUGGCCUCGAUGCUGCUGCUGUUGCUGGCUGGGGCGGCUGCCACCCCCUGA